CGUGUUUUAAGGGAUUACUGUUCAUAGUUUAAAAAAGUAAUAAAUGGAGAAUGAAGAAAGAUGCAUCUCCAGCUGCUGUUCGGACUGGAUGUCCGGGAUGCCCUCGAGUUUUUGGGAGACCCCGCUGUGGAAUAUCGCUAUACCCGGAAGUCAUGACACCAUGACUUACUGUUUAGAUCAGCAGUCCUCAUUAGAGUCUGCGCCGAAGGUGGUGCAAGUGUUAGACACAUUAUUUCCAUGUAUCGUUCGGCCCUGUAUAAUAAAAUGGGCAACAACACAGGAGAACAGCAUCUCUAACCAGCUGGAUUUAGGCAUUCGGUUUCUUGAUCUAAGAAUAGCUCAUAAGAUAAAAGACCCUAAUAAAGUUUUCUACUUUGCACAUGGGAUCUACUCUCUUCUCACAGUAAAGGAAGCGCUCUCAGAUAUUGCUUACUGGUUAGACCAGCACACCAAGGAAGUGGUCAUCAUUGCACUUUCUGCCUUUGAUGGAAUGAACCUGGAUCAACACAGAGACCUCAUUCAAUUCCUCAUAAGCACUUUUAACAAUAAAAUUUGUCCCAAUCAUGUCACACCCUCACUAAAGGAGUGUUGGGAUCACAGUUAUCAGGUGAUUUUGUCAUAUGAUGACUCUGCUGCUUCUGGACAGGAGGAACUGUGGCCCGGCUGUGAAUAUUGGUGGGCAAACACAUCAGAUCCAAAUCGUGUCAUAUCCUACCUGGAGGAGAAAAAAGAAGAAGGGAGACCAGAAAAGUUUUUUGCUGCUGGUCUGAACCUAACUGAGGAUGCCAGGUAUAUAGUUUCUCAUCCAUGCCAGUCUUUGCAAAGCAUGACCCUGAGCUCCUAUAGUCUGCUUUUGAACUGGGUCAAGCACCAGUGUCCAGGCUCAGGCAAAACAUGUUUCAACAUCAUCUGUGCAGAUUUUGUGGGGGCUUUCAGCAAUGAGUUCUCCCAGCUGGUUAUUGGACUCAAUCAAACACUCUUAAAAGAGACUUGAUCCUUAAAUAUGCCACAAAUGACAUUACAUAAAAACGGUGUAUUAUAUAAAAUGUAUCAA